ACCGUAUUUUAGAGCUCGGCGAUGCGGGCUGUCUAUGUUUAGUGUUUACUAGUUAUUUUCAUUUUUGCAUGUUAAAAUUCAUCAACAUCAAAAACAUCUUUUAUUAAAAUUUUUGUGUUAUGUGUUCAAUUAAUCGACGAUUAUAGUAGUCUCAUAAAUAUAAUCCGUUAUGGCCGAGUACCUGGCGUCAAUAUUCGGUACCGAAAAAGAUAAGGUCAACUGCUCAUUUUACUUUAAGAUUGGUGCCUGCCGCCACGGAGAUCGCUGUUCAAGAAUACACAAUAAGCCUACGUUCAGUCAAACUGUACUAUUGCAAAACUUAUACGUUAAUCCUCAAAACUCAGCAAAAUCAGCAGAUGGAUCACAUUUGGUUUCUAAUGUAACCGAUGAAGAGAUGCAAGAACAUUAUGAUAAUUUCUUUGAAGAUGUGUUUGUUGAAUGUGAAGAUAAGUAUGGCGAAAUUGAAGAAAUGAAUGUUUGUGACAAUCUAGGAGAUCAUCUUGUUGGAAAUGUUUAUAUAAAAUUUCGUCGAGAGGAACAUGCGGAAGCUGCAGUAAAUGAUUUAAACAAUCGUUGGUUUGGUGGCCGACCAGUCUAUGCUGAACUAAGUCCUGUAACUGAUUUUCGAGAGGCAUGUUGCCGUCAAUAUGAAAUGGGAGAGUGUACUCGUAGUGGAUUCUGUAAUUUUAUGCACCUUAAGCCAAUAUCACGUGAAUUAAGAAAAUACCUUUAUAGUCGCCGAUCACGUAAACACCGUUCCCGUAGUCGAUCUCGUGAUCAUGUUGGAACUCGCCGAACACGUUCACCUUCCCCAAGACAUGGUCAUCACCGUGGAGGUGGUGGAGGAGGAGGAGGAGGCGGAGGUGGAGGUGGUGGUGGUGGAGGAGGAGGAGGAGGAGGAGGUGGUGGACGUCGUGAUCGUAGAUAUUAAUUUUACAUUAUUAGGUUUCGUUCAAUAAAUUUGAAAUUUCAUAAUUAUACAUUUUUUAUUUUUGUUUUAACUAAAACAACAAUAUUUUUAGCAUUUAAAUUUUACUUAUAUCCAGAAAAGUAAAAUUGUACAACAAUAUAUAUAAUCAAUUUUUCCUUACAACAUUUAAUGUUAUUAAUUUUAAUUAGUAGAUAAAAUAAAAAAAUUUGGAAGAAAUCAUUUUUAUAAACAAAACAGUUCGUAUUUGCUUACAAUAAUAUUAUAUAAAUUUAGGUUAAUAAUAUAGUAUAUACAAAUUUCUUUACAAUUUAAUGCUUUUAUUUAAUAACAAAGUUUUCCAUAAUUCUACAUAGGUUUUUGUAGUAUUUAAUUUUUUUUUUAUGCACAAAAAGAAAAAUUAAAGGAUAGAUUUUAUUUUCCCCUAAAAAUGAAUGAAAAUGUUAGUUUUUUAGAAUUGUAGAUACUAAUACAAUAUUAUCAAAUGUGCCACAAUUCAACCUGACGAGACAUACGGCGUACAUGCUUUGAUUCCUAUCAUAAUUUUUAAUAGCGUAUAAAUAGUUUUUUUUAUAAUUAUUGUAAGAUAUCUGGAAAAUAAAAGCAUAUUGUAAAAAAUAUUUUGACAAAAUUUCCAGUUCAUUUAUGUCUACUAAAAAUCACAGUCAUGGGAAAAUGUAAUGGACUUAUUAUUUAUGGUAUAAUCUGAGUGUUUAGUAUGGCAAUCAAUAUGGCUAAGAUCAUAAAGUUGAUUUUAUCAAUAUUAUGGAUUCUUAAAACCUGUAAAAUUAUCCUCACGGUAUUAAUAUCAAUAGAUAAUUAUAAUUAAACAGUUUUUUAGUUUAAUUGAAUUUAAAUAAAGAAUCUAUUUAUAUAUUUAUAAUAAAUAAUAAGUAGUUACAUGUAUAUUACAGUUUUUUUUUUCAUUAUACUUUUUUUUAAGACUUGUAAUAGAAAUAAUUGAAAAUAUAAUAUAAAGUCAUUACAUGCCACAGAGUCUGACUUUAGUAUAAAUGUAAUGUAAUGUUUUAUAGGCUUAUGAACUUUAAUUAUAAUUUUC